UUCAAUAUAUUCAUAUUGGUACUGAAUUCAUUUUUUCCUCAUUGAGAUAAAUUCAGUACAUAUGCUUGCACCAUCACCACAUCUAAUGACAUCCGCGUUGUCGGUUUCGUCACUUGCGCCGUCGCAGUCAGUGACAGCGUUUUCUGGUUCUCCACCGUCAACAACAUCAGAAGAGUCGUCAUUAUCACCCCUGCGAUCUGUCAGACAUAGAAGUGGAGAUGGUUACAAUGAAAUUCGUUAUGUGGAAGAGAUGGGAAACAGCGCACAUUAUGCUGGAGUGGCAACGAAAGUAACUGAAUACGGCAGCCCAGGUGGUCAAACGCGCGUGACUUUAUCACAGGUAUCUAGAGAAGAUGCAACGACAGCAAUGCACAUCGACCCGGCAACGGCCUUAGCAGCAAAUUCAAUUUUGUCGUUAAUACAAACAAGUAAUUCACAGCAUCAACAACAACUUUUACAGCAUUUACAUCAACAACAACAAAGUUUUGCCAAUUUAGACGCAGUCAGCAGCGGUAUGCCUUAUAGCCAAGGAGUUAUGGCCCUGCCAGUUGCUUCAAGCGAUGCUUACCAAGUAUCACAGGCGCAAGUCUUUAUGCCAGAUUCUAUGGAAGUGGAUGACGCAGAUCCGCCAAAGCAGAAACAAUCUCGUCAUGGUGAGAUGGAUGUCAAGCGAUCAAUGGGAGUGACCAUAAUGGAACAAAAUUCGGUAAUUCCUCCCACAAUUGAUACAGAAAUCCGGCGCACACACUAUAAAUCACAAGUCGACUCAAAUUUAGCUCAGCAUUCAUCUCUAAUGAACGGCGUCUCGACAUCAGCGUCUACACGACUCCCACCCUUGAAAAGCCUGACAGAAGCGAUUCAUAGUAAUAGUACAAUAAACACGUAUGAUAAUAUACCUAAUGGAAAUCGCACUGCAAAUCUCAUGCAUGAAAAAUACAGAGUAAAAAAGCAAGAAUCAGAAGCAAUCAUCAAUCCUAUAAGCGAACUGGGGCCAAUACAUUUUGUUAACGGUGCUUUCACUGUUCCCAACAAUCACACUCCAACAGAAGUUCUCCAAAUGCCUAUGGACUCCAGCCCUCAGCGUAUGACAUCCCCAGUGUAUGUGCAAAUGCAUAACGGAUCCAUACAGGCAUUUCCAUCAACUGCAGCAACUCAGCUAGCCAUGAACAACAUCGCACUUCCACAGGGGUUUUAUCAUCCAACCCAGAUUAAAACACUGCCCGAUGAAAACAAUCAAAUGAUAUUGCAGAAUAGUGGACCUCAUCCAUACCAUGGCCAGGUAAUCUCAGAUGAAAAUCCCAUGGCAACUAUGGUGGGAGCGACAAAUAAUGGAAAGGCAGAUGGAAAUAGACGACACGGUCCAGGAAGGCAAUCAGGCCAUGGAAGUGGAGUCAAUCAACUAGGAGGAAUGUACGUAAAUGGACGUCCUUUACCUGAACCAAUACGACAACGUAUUGUUGAUCUUUCUCAUCAAGGUGUUCGUCCGUGUGAUAUAUCUCGACAGUUGCGAGUAUCCCAUGGAUGCGUAAGCAAGAUUUUGGCAAGGUUUUAUGAAACUGGUAGUAUAAGACCUGGUGUCAUUGGAGGCAGUAAGCCGAAGGUUGCCACUCCAACCGUGGUACAAAAAAUUACAGAAUAUAAACGUGAAAACCCAACUAUGUUUGCUUGGGAAAUUCGGGACCGAUUGCUGUCAGAAACUGUUUGCACACCAGAAUCAGUACCAAGUGUUUCAUCAAUAAACAGGAUCGUAAGAAGCAAGACGUCGGAUUUUAUGAAAGAUAAUCAACAUUUAACAGAUCAAGCUAACACUCCUUCACCAUUGCUACAUAUGAAAGCAGAACGUCGAAAAUCAACACCGACAAUGAUUUCUUCACACGCCAUUGAUAGCAUUGUUCAACAAAUGGUUUCAAGCAACACACAACAUCAAACCACUAAUGGAGGGUUGCCACAAUAUAUAGCAAUUGAUGGUGUACCAACAUCAGGUGCUACUCUGCAAGCAACUACUUCAUCAUCGAGUGUUCCAUCCGCAACCGAAGUAGUUUCCGCCGCUAGUUUAACGUUACCACCACCGCCUAUAGUUCCUUCAGUUCAGACACAAGAAGCGAAAGCCAGCUCGCAGACGUUACCACAAAUAUUUGCAAACUUGACUCCUGCACAACAAUAUGAAUUGUUAAAAAGUGUCAGUGGCGACAUCAUCACCCAACAGACUAUAGGAAAGGAUGGAACCAUAACAAUCCACACCCAGCCUGCAUCAUCACAACAGCAAACUGGUACAACUGAAGCACAGGUUCAGCAAAUUGUUGUGAAUCAACAGGGCCAAGUUGUCACCCAGUCUGAUACAAACCAAGGCAAUAUUAUUCUGACUACACAUCAGGGUCAACAAGUAAACAAACCAUCUGCUGUUAGUUCUAACGGACAAGCUGUCACAUCAACAGCACAGAAUUUAGCAAGUUUAUCCAACCAACAACAACAGCAGGUCGUGAUGCAAUUGAAAGAUUUAAAUAAAGUACUUGCUGCUGCUGGUGGAUCAACACUACCUACUGGAGGAAAUCAACCGGGUGCUAAUAUACAGGUUCCUGCCCAGCACGUGACACAAUUAACUCAACAACAACCUUCAUAUAAAGUGAGUGAGCUUGCUGCUGCAGCUGCUGGUAUUACUGGAUCCCCUGCAACCCAGAUACAAAUUGCAACUGAGGGUGGACAACAGAAUGUGAUCACCAUGUCACAACAACAAUUACAGCAGUUGGCUGCUCAAGGAAUGAUAAUACAAAGAGUACCAACAACAUUACAACAAAAUGAGAAUCUUGAACAUUCUAAGAAAGAUGACGUUGAUACAUCUUCAUCUUCUAUUGAUGAUAGUGAGAAGAAAGCAGCAGUUAACCAAAGUGUUCCAAUACCAUCAAGUGAAGUGACAAUUGUGGAACAGUCUGCUUCAACAGAGCAACAACAACAAGAUCAACAACAAAUAUUAAAGUUAUUACAAAAUGCAAUGCUCGUAAAACAAGAACCAGACUCUGAUGGCCAGGUCAUGAUAUCGGCCACUUCUCAACAAUCAACAGUGAAUCAAUUGUUAUUAGCUGCUCAGCAACAACUACAACAACAAGUGCAACAGCCAACAGUGACUGUAACACAGCAAGAUGCCGCUCAACUUUUAUCAGCAGCUGCUGCACUGGGGAGUGUGCAACCCCAACAAGCUGCGAAUGCUGCUCAACCAGUAUCAGUCGGGUUAACAAACAACAACUCUAAUAACAACAACAGUCAGCAACAACAAUUACUGAAUGCUAAUCCUAGUGUGCUGGCUCAACUUCAGCAGCAACUGGCUAGCAUUCAACAGCAACAACAACUUCUUCAGACUCAGCAGCAAGCAUCAACGACGCAACAACAACCUGGUAUCGUUCACAUACUGUCAGCUGCAGCUCAACUUCAACAGCAAACUGGCGGUAACGCGAAUACAACGAAUAAUAUUCAACAGCAGUUAGCAAUGGCACAAAUGCUGUCGGCAGCGCAAGGUUCACCGCAAGCGAAAAACGGAAAGGGUGCUGCGAUAUCGCAACGUUUGACAGAACUUCAACCUGUCAGUACAUUGCUCAGUCAAUUAAGGCCUGUCUCACUUCAAAGCACAAAUACAUCAAACUCGUAUAUAGUUUCCAAAGGAACAGCUCCAAUCACUGCACCUGUGACACUGCCGCAUCUUGUUCUUCCUGCUGCCACAGUAGCAGGUGCUACCUCACAUGUUCCAAACACAGGUGCCACCACUGCCAAUUCUUCACAACCAUUCACAACAAUAUAUAGUGAGGCUUGGAAACUUGCCACAAACGGACAAAGAGCAGACGCAACUUCUGUACAAGUAACGGUGAGUGAUAACGCAAGCAAAGUAUCUUCAAGUCCAGCUAAAAGUUAACUUACACAUCGGGAACAAUACAAGUGACCAAUUCCUGCAUCGAAUCUCUGUAUUCAUAUAUUCAAAAAGAGAGCAGUAAGAAAAAUGUAUUCACUGCGGACUAAAUGAAUAGCACGGAACAAGGUGAUUGUCAUCAGAGCCUGAAUUUGGUUUGACUCUCGAUUGUGGUAAUUUCCAGCUCCCAACUUAACAGUUAACAGGCCUAUACUGCUUCAGCUUCAAAUUUUGUCUACGACAUCCUGAACAUCUGCAUUCCGAUACCCGAUAAAAUUGGAAAUAACACACUCCGACGCUGGCAAUAAUGACGUUGGGCACUUAGGAAUUUGCAAAAAUAUAUGGAAGUGCUUUCUUUGCAUUGUUCCAUGUUCUUGCUUAUACUAUUUAUCUGUUCGUUGUUGGAUAUCAGGGCUCACAAUAAGCACAAUAUGAGCCAGCUACCUCUUCAUAUACCACUGCCUGAUUAUGUCUGGUUUAUCAAUGAUGAUACACUGAUGCGCUUAGUUUUUAAUUUGCAUUUAUUGCAACUGGCUCAACUUGAUGUUUGGUCAUUUUAAAUUUAGUCUUCGCCACUAAUGGUCCAAUGGUUAUCCAAUCCUACAUUUACACACUUGUAUAUAUAAUCUAUAUAUAUAAUCUAAUCACAAAUUGUUUGUACGGAGUUAGUUGAUAUUGUUUUAUUAAACUUUACGAGAGUACUCAGUGGCAGCAAACUCAGUUUUAAUUUUUCGUAGUGAAUAAAAUCCAAGCAUAUUGACCGAAUGGUAGUGCCUCUGUUCUAUUGCAGCGCUGUAUGAAGUUGUAUAGAUAUAUAAUUAUUUUUGUCAACAAUGUUUAGUUUGUUUUUAUUAUUAUAAACCAUGUUUCUUUUGUUUGCGUUUUGGCAAUAAGUGGCCAAAACCGGGUAUUAGAACUAUCUUUGUAAAUGAAUAUAUGUUGAAUGCUACUAUGGUAGACCCAUUUGUCUUCAUAUUGGCGCAAUGUUAUCAUUUUUUGCUUUUGUAAUAAAUGAAUUUACAAGAA